AUGACAGCUGCAUUUUUGAAAGCAGAUGGAAAAGUUCCAUUUCCAAGAACACAUUAUAAACAGAAGUCAAAAAUGGAAAAAAGCAUGGUGUGGCAAACAUCUGACUGGUUUUCCUCAAAAAUUAUUUUGCGAUUCCUCGAAUUUCACAUCCCAUCUGCGUCCCAAACAAGCAGAAGUUGUUUAAAAGUUGAAUCUGGCUUCCGAACAAAGAUCGAGAUUCUAGUUAAGAUGUACCAAAAAAUAUCGGUUAUCUCUCAUGUCAAAUUUACGGAGGAAUUCGGAAGAAAAUUUAUUCUACAAAUAUUAUAA